AUGGGAUGCUGGCUUUUGAAUGACAGUUUCUCCAUCAUAAUAGUGCUCCUGUGGCUGGGAGUGAAUUUCUAUCUGUUUAUCGACACUUUCCUGUGGUAUGAAAAAGAGGAGUCCUUUCUGUACACACGCGUUAUGCUGGGUUCAGCAUUAGCCUGGGCCCGAGCAUCCGCCGUGUGUCUGAAUUUUAACUGCAUGCUGAUUCUGUUACCCAUCAGUCGAAACCUUAUUUCGUUCCUGAGAGGCACUCAUGCUUGCUGCCGUGGCCCAUGGGGAAGACAAUUGGACCAAAAUCUCAAAUUCCAUAAACUCAUAGCCUAUGGGAUAGCUGUCAAUGCCACUGUCCAUGUCGUGGCGCACCUGUUCAACCUGGAGCGCUACCACUGGAGCCAGUCCGCAGGCGCAGAGGGACUCACAGCCGCACUGUCCAAACUGGGCAGUGCCCCAAACGAGAGCUACCUCAACCCCGUCCGGACCUUCCACACGAACACAACUAUUGAGCUGCUAACUACAAUAGCAGGUGUAACUGGCCUGGUCCUCACUCUGGUCUUAAUCCUGAUCCUGACCUCUUCAACAGAGUUUAUCAGGCAGGUCUCCUAUGAGUUGUUCUGGUACACACACCAUGUCUUCAUCAUCUUCUUCAUCUGUCUGGUUGUCCAUGGCACAGGUCGGAUUGUCCGAGGCCAAACUCCUGAGAGUGUAUCUGAACACAAUGCGACCUUCUGCAGGGACCACCACGCCGAAUGGCAGACGGCUGCCCAGUGCCCGGUGCCUCAAUUCUCUGGCAAGGAGCCUUCGGCUUGGAAAUGGGUUUUAGGCCCUGUGGUCCUGUACGCAUGUGAAAGAGUAAUUAGGUACUGGCGAUUUCAACAAGACGUUGUCAUUACCAAGGUGGUAAGUCAUCCCUCUGGUGUCCUUGAACUUCGUAUGAAAAAGCGAAACUUCAAAAUGGCGCCAGGGCAGUAUGUCUUCUUACAAUGCCCAUCCAUAUCCGCACUGGAGUGGCACCCCUUCACGCUCACCUCAGCCCCCGAGGAGGACUUCUUCAGUGUGCACAUCCGGGCAGUGGGGGACUGGACCAGCGCCCUAUUUAAGGCCUGUGGAGCAGAUGGACAGGCCCACAAGGAGCCCUGGAGCCUACCAAGGCUGGCGGUGGACGGGCCUUUCGGAGCCGCCCUCACAGAUGUGUACCACUACCCGGUGAGCGUGUGCAUUGCUGCUGGCAUCGGAGUCGCUCCCUUCGCUGCUCUUCUGAAAUCAAUAUGGUACCAGCACUGCGAGCCCCAGGCCAAGCUGAAGUUGAGCAAGGUGUAUUUCUACUGGAUCUGCAGGGAUGCGAGGGCUUUUGAGUGGUUUGCUGACCUCUUGCUCUCACUAGAAACCCAAAUGAGUGAGCGCGGGAAUGCUCACUUCCUGAGUUAUCACAUAUUCCUCACUGGCUGGGAUGAAAAUCAGGCGAUUCACAUAGCUUUACACUGGGAUGAAAAUACUGAUGUGAUCACAGGCUUAAGGCAAAAAACGUUCUACGGGAGACCCAACUGGAACAAUGAGUUCAGACAGCUGGCCUACAAGCACCCAAGCAGCAACAUUGGCGUGUUCUUCUGUGGACCCAAGGCUCUGUCAAAGACACUUCAAAAGAUGUGCCGCUUGUAUUCAUCAGCUGACCCCAGGGGUGUGCAAUUUUAUUACAACAAAGAAAGCUUCUAA